CAGUAUGUUUAGAGAAGGGAGACUUAAAAUACAACUUUUCUAUCCACUAACUGAAUUUCUUUUUAACUAGGAAAAGACCACCAAUAUUCUCUUUUAGUAGCAGAGCAUCUUGAUCCUGUCUGAAGUACACCAGUGUUCUGAAGGUGCAUCUGGUUAUCUGACAACAGGAAGACGUUACAAACUGUAAGCUACCAUCACAGUAAUGGAUCUCUGUCAGAAAAAUGAGACUGACCUAGAAAAUAGUGAAAAUAAUGAAAUUCAAUGCACAGAAGAAACAGAACCAACCUGUACUUGUCCAGAUGAAAGAAGUGAAAAGGAUCAUGUUUGUUGUCUCCUCAAUAUCAGUGACAUUACACGUGAACAAGAUGAAAAAGCCAAAGAGUUUAUUAUUGGAACUGGAUGGGAAGAAGCAGUCCAGGGCUGGGGAAGAGUAUCUCCAGCUGCCUGCAUCUGGCCGAGAAAGAAACCAAAAAAGGCGAGGGUAGGGGAAGAUGCCUGCAGCGACUGCUUAGUGUGUGUUAACCUCUCCCACGGGAGCCUCGAGACCAAGCCUCCUACUGAGGGGGGCCCAGAGAAGGAUCAGAGCAGCCCCUCUCAGACUCAGGCAGCCCCCCAGGGCCCUAACACUGCUUCCAGGGAGAUUAGCAACAUCUGCUUUCCCACCGACUUUCAAGCAGAAAAAAAAAGUCUGCAAAUCAAGGAGUUUAUUUGGUGCACCAAAGAUUGGGCCAUCUCCGACACUAAUAGGGGCAAGGCCCUUGGGAACCCCAGUGGAGGCACCAACAGAGGGCUGUCAGUCCCAGGCCCCGUGACGUCCAAGGCCCUCCUGGUUCUGCCUCCCCUGAAGUCUUCACUUUCAAAUGGCUUGGAUGUUCCGGGUAAGAAGAAUAAGAACUGUUUCUUACCGUCGGAAGAGAAAGUGCUGAGUGUGGAAAAGGAUGGGUGUGUGUCUUGUGCAUAUGGCUUCAAAACUGCAGAUGGGAAAGGUGAAAAGAGACCCAGUGAGCUGGCCAAACACCCCACAGUCAGCGACAUGCCAUCCUUCCCUUCCCAAGCAGCCAGGACAUCACUGGCUCAUCCGGAGCAGUGCUGCCUGCACUGGUCCCUCCUGUCUGAGAAAAACCUGCUGUGCCCUCCAGACCCCAGCAACGUUCGCUAUCUUGCUGCCUUGCAGUUUCUGCAGAAACAGGGAGUGCAAAACCACAAAUCCAAAUUCAUAGCCAAGGAGCCAAGACCUCGCGUGAUCUCCCCAAAGCACGUUCUCCCAAAGGCCAAGCAGGAAAACAGGCCCCAAAUGCUAGAGACCAAAGUUUUCUCAAGACCCCUCUUGCCGUCCCUCACAGUGAGCAGAGUUGUCAUUCCCAUCUCCACCCACAGGAUCCUCUGAGCGGUCACGGUAGAACCCCUGGGAGUAAGCACUGCUUGAGAUGCAGUCAUCCUUUCUCUUUCUUCUCUCUCAUCCCCUGCCCCCCACACUCUUUCUCUCCUCCUCCUCAGUCUGUCUUUCUUAUUCUUUUCUUCCCCUUCUUUAUUUCAUCCAUUUUUUUUGGUAGUAGAACCAAAGAAAAUUGAACCUCAGUGGAUGGGUUUGGAUUUAUUUUCUAAAACACUAUAAUGUGUUACCUGCUUCUGUUACUUAGCCAUUCACAAAAUGCUGAUUGGUCAUGCCAGCCCUGGUCUCUGCCUGCCUCGUGUCCACUCCGAGGAGAAGCCACAUAGAAGGUGGGGAAUCCAAAGGGCCUCCCUCCUUCCAUGCUGGCCCCAGGCCACCCCAGAGCUAUCUAGCAGGUGCUCUUUCUGCACCACCCCCAUACCUCAAUCUAAGAACACUGGGCUAGUUUAGACCAAACUUCCUGUUGAUCUUGAAGGAGGCAGGUAUCUGUCUGCUGCCUCGUCUGCUCUUGCAACGAUCUGAAGAACUGCUUUAAUAGAAAUCUCCAGCCUGUCCAGGAUGUCCAAGGCAUCACAGACCCUGUGUGUCCAGGGUGUCACGCCCUCAGAUUGUUUCCAUGGAUAUACACUGUCCAUCACCUCCUUUGUGUUCAGGAUGCUAUAUCCUCAGAUUGCACCCUCAUGUUAAUCUCUGUCUGGAAAUUUUAGCCACAGUGCUACAAAACCCAGCCUGGGAAGCAGGUUAAGAAUAAUUACUUUAUGG